UAUAUUGCGGCUCUUCUGUGUUGUGGUUUUAUCACGGCGGUUUGUCGUGUUUUUUUGCGAACGCAAGUGGGGCUCAGUGAACAUCUUUGUACUGAAUUGUGCCAUAAACAAACUCAAGAUUAAAUUUCCUUCGAAGUUCAGCCGAAGUGUUUACGGACAGCAGUGAAGAUGGUUAGUUAUCCAAAUAGCAGCAGACCUGUUAUCAAUAGCGGCUAUAUUUGUUCCAUACGAGGAUUUCUUAAGAUCUUAGAGAGCGUUGUGCUGCUGGCCUCCUUCAUAUUCGGCCAGCUUUAUGAAUCGUUUUACAGUCCCCCUCACCUACCUUACUUCUUUGUGGUUGUAUUUGUGGGAAUGAUGCUUCUCCUUCUGCUGUAUACCUUCUUUCUGUUCUCGUUGGAGAAGCGGUUUGAUACCUUCAACUGGUAUCUUAUGGACGUAAUCUUUUGUGGUUUUCUAGCUGUUAUGCUUACUGCAAGUGCUGGACUCCUGGCUAAAGAGGCAGACUUCAGGGAGAGACACGGAAAUAAGUUUUCUGGUUGGCUCUACGAUCGUCUCGUGGCUGCAGUAGUUCUGGCUUUUGUUGUCGUGCUGUUACUCAUCAUCGAUAUCAUCGUCAGUUUGUUUCAGUAUCGCCGUUUAAGACGAUUGGGGCAGCAUUAAGGAGAUCCAUGAAUACAACUUCGCGAUGAUCUCUUCCAUUGAUUAAUAACCAAUGACGUUGUCACGCAACGGUGUUGCUGUUAUGUUUGCUUUGAAGGAGCUGUGUGACAACCCAAAAGCUAACUCCGCAGAAUACGUACGUUAGCCCUUUAUUUGUGUUUAAAAGUGUUUCAUCUGAUUUGUUGUGCUUUUAAAAUCAUAUUUUCACCUGAAAAAAAAAAGUUGACUAAUUAUGUUUGAACAGUUCUUUUUUUGUAUAGAAUAACACUACUUUUUGCACCAGGCGAUACCUGCUAUAAAUCGUGAACAUGACUCCUUCCCCAUUUAAUGCUGCCCGUUUGUAGCUUAAAGCUCACGGAAUCACGAUACAACGUUGUGUUUGGGAGAACGGAGCGAGUAGGUAGUUAAGGGGGUCAAUGCGUCAACAAUUAAGUCGCCGACUGUAUGUUCAAAACCUAAAAUGUGAAACACCAGACUUGUAAUUGAUUAUAACUAACUUGAGUGUAAUUUUCUCACAUGAAAAAUAAAAACACCUUUCUUCUUGUAAUAAAAUUGGAAUCUUUUUAAA